GUGUUUUGGCAAUCAACGGUUUUGUCUUUCCCAAAAGGUGCGCGACUGCUCUCCGAGCCUGCCGAAAAGGGCUGGAAGGCAGGCGCGACUGGUGCACUAGCGAUAUUCCAAAUGCCAUGGCAGGCGCUCACUGGUGCGCACUUUCCAGUUGAGCGGUCUCGCUACUUUUCGCUACUGGCCCGCCGGCAGAUCAGUCUCCAGCCCACCAACGGCCGCCAGCUCGACACCUUCACAGUCACCUCCCCAGCACACACAGCGAGACAGCGCGCCUCAGAAAACAGGUCGUGUGUCGCACUCGCCAGAAAAUAG